ACCGCGGCCGGUCCACGACACGCACGCACAGAGCACCACACCACCGCCACGCCGCCUCCUCCUUCUGCCCCUGGCCCCCUGCACAACUGCUGCCUCCGCUGCCCACCCCGGCUGCUUCCUCCCUUCGGCGUUUUCAAAAAUCAAACCGAAACGGCGAAACCCCCAUCCUCCAUCGGAGAGAGAGGGAGAGAGAGGAUAGCCUGAGCAGCGGUUGCGGUUUCCCUCUCCGUCGCUCUCGCCGCCCGCCGCCGCCGGUGUGUCCGGAGCGGAAGGCACGGGGCGGCGGCCAGCUCCGGUGCUCCGGCCCCCUUCACCCCCAACCGGCGGCCCCCCUUUGUCAGGUCGCCAAUCCACUUCGCCCUCCCACCCUUUUGCCCCCCGAUCGAUCUCCUUUCUCGCUAAGCAAACCCUCGUCUUAACCCCCCGCCCGGCGCCGGGAGAAAGCUCUCGCUUUCCGUCUUGGCAUCCUUCCGCCACUUCUCUUUGCUGCUUGUUACUCCUGCGCUGCUACCCGUACAGCAGGAGUCAAGAUUCCUUCUUUGCCCGCCCUCGUUGGUAGUGGCGGCGGUGGCGGUCGGUAAUUGCGGCGGCAGUGGAGGUUCGGGUGCGGGAAGUGAGGGAUCCGAGAUUCUUUCCUAUUCUUUGCGAUUCUCUUUCCCGUGCGAUGGCUGAAGCGGAGGUGGCGGCGGGGGAGAGCAGCCGCCGGUUCCCGGCGUUGGAGGGGCCCCGGCCCGUCUAUGGAACUUGCUGCCCUGGCGCCAUGCCCCGGACCGGAACCGAAGUGCGCAGCAAGGCGCUGCUUGCCUGCACCUCUCACGCUGCUGGUUCCUGCUGUGGCAGUCUGCUGCUUGGUUCUGCGACGAUGGUGCCGCGGAUGUUGCUGCUUCUCUGCUGCUUCUGCCUCCUGGCGUUCCCGCCACCUGGUCCGCUAGCGGUUGAAGCUUUUGUCGGGGGUUACGGGAUAAACUACGGGAGAAUAGCAAACAACAUCCCUUCCCCGGAUAAAGUGGUGGAGCUCCUGAAAAAGUCAAAGAUAAGGAAUGUCAAGAUAUAUGACUCGGAUCACAACGUUCUUGAUGCGUUCAAAGGGUCCGGACUCAACCUGGUCAUUGCAAUCCCCAAUGGGCUCGUCAAGGAUAUGGCUGCAAACGAGAGCAGGUCGAUGGACUGGCUGAAUCAGAAUGUGAAGCCUUAUCUCCCUCAGACGCGCAUUGUUGGGAUCACUGUGGGAAACGAGGUUCUGGGAGGCCAAGAUCAGAGCUUGUACCAGCCGCUUGUUGAUGCUGUGAAGAAUGUGUAUAAUGGACUUAAGAGGCUCCACUUGGAGAAAGAAAUUGAGCUUUUCACACCUCACUCAGAAGCUGUUUUUGCUAAUUCCUAUCCACCCUCUGCAUGUGUCUUCAAGGAAGAACUCAUGCCAUACAUGAAACCUCUCCUGGACUUGUUUGCAAUGAUUCACUCGCCUUUCUAUGUCAACUCUUACCCCUUUUUGGCUUACAUAAGUGAUCCAGAACAUAUCGAUAUCAAUUAUGCUCUCUUUAAACCCAAUAAUGGAAUUGUUGAUCCAAAUACCAGCCUGCACUAUGACAACAUGUUUGAUGCUCAGAUAGAUGCAGCUUAUGCUGCUCUACAUGCCGCAGGCUAUGAUGACAUGGAGGUUCGGGUGGCAGAGACUGGCUGGGCAUCUAGUGGAGAUCAAAAUGAAGCAGGGACUUCAUCUGAGAAUGCAAGGACAUAUAAUUUCAAUCUCCGUAAAAGGCUCUUCCUUAGGAAGGGAACUCCUCUGAAGCCAAAAAGACCAGUGAAAGCUUAUAUAUUUGCUCUGUUUAAUGAGAAUCAGAAGCCUGGACCUAGCUCCGAGAGGCACUAUGGGCUGUUCCUUCCAGAUGGAAGGAUUUCAUAUGACAUUGGUGUCUCUGGUCUACUUCCUUCAUCUGCAUCCUCAUCCAUGCUGUCCGUGAAGAAAAUUCGAGCUGGGGGUUGGAUUUUACACUAUUUGGCUAUGGUUCUUUUAUCUAUUUUCAUUUUUGGGCCAUAGUGAAUUGAGGAAGGGAUAGCAAAUCUGUAGUAAAGGUACAACUGAGCAAGUUAGAAUGUUGGGAAUGGGAAGUUCACAAUGAAAAUUCAAAUACUAGUACCAUGCCCAUGAGUUCUUAUUCUUGCAAUAACUAUUAUCCUCAUGCUGAUCUGCUUUUUGAUGAAAAACAUACUCAGUUUAUCUAAAAAAGAAUUCAUACAUUGGAAUCCUCGCUUCAUAGUUUCUCUGUACAUAUUUUAUUUUUAGCAAUUGAAAUGCCUUUUGAAACUGAUAACCCCGUGAAAUAUAAUUCUCUAUCUCACCAACUUCUAGCCUCCUAGUUUUUUUCUCCAUUUUUAGCAAUCAAGUUAUAGCUCGAGCUUGGAUACCUUUAGGUGAUUUUAUUUAUAUGUGGGAUGUGCAUCAAGCAGCCUAGCCUGUCAAGAUUAACAAAUCAUUGUUCUUUCUUCCCCUGUAAGCAUUGUAUCUUGACAUAUCAGUUACCAUUAGACACUCGAAGCAGAUGCUGACUGAAAGAUCAGUAUCCAUUCUUGUGGGUAUGAUGAAGGAUUGCACGUGCACCUAUCCUGUGAUCUGUUCAAAGAAAGUCUUGAGAAGCACUAGUUGCAGAACCUCACAGAUUAUAUAGUAGAUAUCAGACAGUCGAAGGAUAUGAUAUGUAAUUUUUAUGCCUCUUGUUAAGCUUUGCUGAGUGGCUCCAUCCAUUGACUGAACCUCUAGCCUAUUUGUUAAGCUUUGGUGAGUGGACCCAUCCACUGAUGGAGGCUUUACAGAGUGAUACAUAUCGUUGCUAAUAAUCAUGUAUUACUUUGCGUU